AUGGGUUCGUUCAAUCAUUCGAAACGGCUUCGGAAUUUGCAAAAUUUAAAAAGUGGCGCCAUUAAACUGCCGCGCCAUUGGUCGAAAAUGUUGGGUCUUGUUAACGUGAGCAAAGCUUCUAUUGAAGAAUUACUACAAGCAGCUGAAAGUGGCAAUGUAGAGGAUUUUAUGCGGUUGUACUUGAGCGAGCCUUCCCGCCUCGCUGUGAGGGACGCUCGGGGCCGCACCGCCGCCCACCAAGCAGCUGCAAGGAAUAACACCAAUAUAUUGCAUUUUAUCAACAACUACGGCGGAGAUUUGAACGUCAAGGACAAUAACGGCAAUACACCUCUCCACGUGGCAGUGGAGAACGAAGCUCUUGACUCUAUAGAGUUUUUAUUGCAGCAGCACGUUGAUACAAGUGUACUGAAUGAGAAAACCCAGGCGCCUAUACAUUUGGCGACGGAGUUAAAUAAGAUAUCAGUGUUACAAGUAUUCGCGAAAUACAAGUCCCAGUUCGACGUUGAUCUCGGCGGGGAACACGGCAGGACAGCUCUGCACUUUGCCGCGAUCCACGAUCACGACUUGUGCGCCCGUAUUCUGAUUACGGAUUUGGGUGCUGUAUGGAAACGGCCCUGUAACAACGGAUACUAUCCAAUACACGAGGCGGCUAAGAACGCAUCAUCCAGGACCAUGGAGGUGUUCCUGCAGUGGGGAGAGGCAAGGGGGUGUACCAGAGAGCAAAUGAUCUCUCUCUACGAUAACGAAGGAAAUGUGCCGCUCCAUUCAGCAGUUCAUGGUGGAGACAUCAAGGCAGUUGAGCUUUGCCUUAGAUCAGGCGCAAAGAUAUCCACCCAGCAACAUGAUUUAUCGACACCCGUUCAUUUGGCUUGCGCUCAGGGUGCACUAGAGAUUGUAAAAUUAAUGUUUACAAUGCAACCCAAAGAGAAAUUGGCUUGCUUGACAUCUUGCGAUGUACAGAAGAUGACGCCGAUACACUGUGCUGCCAUGUUUGACCAUCCGGAUAUUGUAAACUACCUAAUAUCCGAAGGUUCCGAUAUAAAUCCCUUGGAUAAGGAGAGAAGGUCGCCAUUACUCCUUGCGGCAUCCAGAGCGGGCUGGAGAACUGUUCAUAUACUGAUUAAACUGGGAGCUGAUAUACAACUUAAGGACAUCAAUUCGAGAAACGUUCUUCAUUUGGUCGUAAUGAAUGGUGGGCGACUGGAGGAAUUCGCGGCUAAUUGUAAAAAUCGCUGCGACAAAAGCCUUGCACAGCUUCUUAAUGAAAAAGACAGCACCGGUUGCUCGCCGCUGCACUACGCUAGCCGGGAAGGUCACAUCAGAUCCUUGGAAAACCUGAUCAAGCUUGGAGCUUGUAUUAAUCUGAAAAACAAUAAUAACGAGAGUCCUUUGCAUUUUGCUGCCAGAUACGGGCGAUAUCAUACAGCCUGCCAGCUCCUAGACUCUGACAAGGGAACAUUUAUUAUCAAUGAAAGCGAUGGGGAAGGUCUUACCCCUCUCCAUAUCGCUUCUCGGGAAGGUCACACGAGGGUUGUUCAAUUGCUCCUCAAUAGGGGUGCUUUACUCCAUAGAGACCAUAAUGGCAGAAACCCUCUCCACCUGGCCGCCAUGAGCGGAUACACACAAACUAUCGAAUUGCUACAUUCCGUUCAUUCCCAUCUAUUGGACCAAGUGGACAAAGACGGGAAUACUCCUUUGCAUCUAGCUACCAUGGAGAACAAACCAAACUCCAUAGCGCUGCUCCUCUCGAUGGGAUGUAGACUUAGCUAUAACAAUUUGGACAUGAGCGCUAUCGAUUACGCCAUAUAUUAUAAAUUCCCUGAAGCUGCUCUCGCUAUGGUCACCCAUGAGCAAAGAGCAAAAGAAGUAAUGGCUCUUCGCUCAGAUCGUCAUCCCUGCGUGACUUUAGCUCUUAUCGCUUACAUGCCCAGAGUAUUCGAAGCAGUUCAAGAUAAAUGCAUCACCAAAGCUAACUGCAAGAAGGACUCGAAAAGCUUUUACAUCAAGUACAACUUCGACGCACUAUGUCCUCAAUUGAAGGACGAAGAUGGGAUUAAGAAAACGGACAGUGUUCCUAAAUCGCAGAAAAUACCUUUGCCAGCCCUAAAUGCUAUGGUUGCUCAUGGACGUGUUGAAUUAUUAGCACAUCCUCUGAGUCAAAAAUAUCUGCAAAUGAAGUGGAAUUCUUACGGAAAAUACUUUCACUUAGCAAACUUGCUAUUUUACUGUAUUUAUCUCACAUUUGUUACUGUUUAUACAUAUCUGUUGAUGACGAGUGCUACCCCCGGCGCCGUCUCUUCGCACAACAAGAAGACUAACAAAUGUUUAACAGAUAUUUCAAAUACGACUAAUAUUUCCGAAUCACACACUCUAGAAAAUAAUGCAACUAUAAGAAGAAAUUCAGAAUUUCAUGCAGAAUUUGAAAUCAUCGUAGCCAUGUAUACAAGUACAAUAUGUAUUCUGGUAUAUAACGCCAUCUGCUUGAUUCGAGAGGCUGUCAACAUAAAGGAACAGAAAUGGCAUUAUUUGGUAGACCCAUCGAACUUUGUGUCUUGGAGUCUGUACAUCUGCUCCACACUUAUGGUCGUUCCAACAUUAGCUGCCAACUAUACUGACAUACAGUUUUCAGCGGCGUCUCUAACAGUGUUCCUGUCGUGGUUCGAGUUGCUGCUGCUCCUUCAGAGAUUCGACCAAGUUGGAAUCUACGUGGUGAUGUUCCUGGAGAUCUUGCAGACCCUCAUCAAAGUGCUUAUGGUCUUCUCCAUUCUGAUCAUAGCAUUUGGAUUGGCAUUUUAUAUUCUACUCUCUAAAGGUCAGCACUUAUCUUUCAGCAGUAUUCCAAUGGCUUUGAUGAGGACAUUUGCUAUGAUGCUGGGCGAGAUAGAUUUCGUUGGCACAUACGUCAUACCGUAUUACAAAGAGGAAGCAGAUAUCAUGUUACCAUUCCCCCUACCGACGUUUCUAAUUUUGGGAGUGUUUAUGGUACUAAUGCCGAUCCUUCUGAUGAACCUGCUCAUCGGUUUGGCUGUAGGCGACAUUGAGAGUGUAAGGAGGAAUGCGCAGUUGAAACGCUUAGCUAUGCAAGUGGUAUUGCACACGGAGUUGGAACGUAAGCUGCCGACUAUUUUGUUCGAGAAAGUGGAUAAAGACGAACUGAUAGAGUAUCCCAACACGAACAAAUGCAAACUUGGAUUUCUCGAUUUUAUAUUGAGAAAAUGGUUCUGCAAUCCAUUCACUGAUGAUGCUGGCCUAGACUUGGUGCUGGAAAGCAAUGAGGACUACAUAACAGCUCAGCUGGACAAACAGAAGCGUCGUCUCCGCGAGAUGUCGCAGUUAUUGGAGCAGCAGCACGUACUCGUCCGGCUUAUUGUACAGAAAAUGGAAAUAAAAACUGAAGCGGAUGACGUUGACGAAGGUGUGUCACCGUCCGACACGAAGGUCGUUCCCCGCUGGAGUUCCCCGAGGAUCCGCAAAAAGCUCCGCACGGCGCAAUCUUUCAACAAAGGAUCUUAA